AAAUAAUGACUGAUGGAUUUUUGUAAAAUGUUUGGCACUAUGAGCUUGGAGGAGAUGAUCUUGAUCUUUGAGUCACCAAGCUUUAUGCUGCUUCUCUGAUUCAUCCCUCGCACUUUGGAAGAGUGGAAUUAUGGGGUGACUGCUGCUGUUACUCAGAGAAAAAGCCAUGGAUGUAAAUUUUUCCUCGGUUCUUGACAGCAGUUUAGUGCGGCGUGAUUCAUCAAAGCGUGUUCUGACCGGCUGCUUUCUUUCUCUCCUCAUCUUGACCACUCUACUGGGAAACACACUGGUAUGUGCUGCCGUCACAAAAUUUCGCCAUCUGCGUUCCAAAGUCACUAACUUCUUUGUUAUAUCACUGGCUAUUUCAGACCUACUGGUGGCCAUUUUGGUGAUGCCAUGGAAGGCAGCUACUGAAAUUGUGGGAUUCUGGCCUUUUGGUGCUUUCUGCAAUAUCUGGGUGGCAUUUGACAUCAUGUGCUCCACUGCUUCCAUCCUGAACCUAUGUGUCAUUAGUGUGGACCGGUACUGGGCCAUUUCCAGCCCAUUUCGUUAUGAGCGAAAAAUGACACCCAAGGUGGCGUUCAUCAUGAUUAGUGUGGCUUGGACUUUGUCUGUUCUAAUCUCCUUCAUCCCUGUCCAGCUAAACUGGCACAAAGCACAAAGUGCAGGUUAUAUUGAACUGAACAGCACCUACGUUGAAGUUCCACCAGACAACUGUGAUUCUAGUCUUAAUCGAACAUAUGCCAUAUCCUCCUCCCUCAUCAGUUUCUACAUUCCUGUAGCCAUCAUGAUUGUCACCUACACCCGCAUCUACCGCAUUGCCCAGAAGCAAAUCCGCAGGAUAUCUGCCCUGGAGCGAGCAGCAGAGAGUGCCAAAAACCGCCACAGCAGCAGGGGCAACAGUAGCAGCAUAGAGUCUGAAAGCUCCUUUAAGAUUUCCUUUAAGCGUGAAACCAAAGUCCUCAAGACACUGUCAGUCAUUAUGGGGGUGUUUGUGUGCUGCUGGCUGCCCUUCUUCAUCCUCAACUGCAUGGUGCCUUUCUGUGAGCCCAAUGAAAGUGUGGACUUCCCGUGCAUAAACCCAACCACCUUUGAUGUCUUUGUCUGGUUUGGCUGGGCUAACUCCUCACUCAACCCUAUCAUCUAUGCGUUCAAUGCUGACUUCCGCAAAGCGUUCUCUAACCUGCUAGGCUGCCAACAUCUCUGCCCUGGCAGUAACUCUGUAGAGAUUGUGAGCAUCAACAACAACGGAGCAUCCAAGCAUGUCUCACACUAUCAGCCCAAGGGCCUCAUACCCAAAGGUGACAGCAACAGCAAUUGUGUAAUCCCUCAUAGCAUACUAGGCCAGGAUGACGAAGUACAGAAGAAGGAAGAGAAUUCAGGGUUUAAGACCUUGGAGACGUUCUCCCCAUAUAUGUCAGACAACCUGGACAGCGAUGCUGACAUUUCCCUGGAAAAGAUUAACCCCAUCACACAGAAUGGGGAGCACAAAUCCAUACCUUGCUGA